AUGUUGGAUGACGAUUACAACGAAAUGGAUAUGAGAUAUAGGAACCAGAUUCGCCACGAGAUCGAAAUCCUCCACGACAUCGGCAACCCCAACGUCGUCAAGUGCCAUGGCAUUUUCAACCACAACGGUGACAUCCAGGUGUUGUUCAAGUUCAUGGACGGCAGCUUGUUGGAAUGCCAAAGGAGAGAAAGAGAAGGCUGGAGAGGGGAAGAGAUGGGGAGAGAUAAGUCACAUGUCAUCCAUAUGAGUUUUUGGACGGAAAAAUAUAUGAAAUUCUAA